AUAAUCCAAAAUCCAAAUAUCACAUAUCGCUUCAUCUACCUCGCCACAUUCUGGAUCAAAAAUCUCCAAAGGCCAUGGAUAACACGAGCUGGGAUCAAAAGAUCCACGCCUUGACCCACAUCCUCACCACCCCAACAGCCUCGCCGCCCCUCCACUCCCAGCUCUUCAUAGCCUCCCAAAUCCCCUGCUACCUCCACUGGGACUACCCGCCGCUCCUCUGCCGCCGAUCCCCCGCCGGCCCAUUGCCGCUCGUGAAGUGGGCCUUCCUCCGGUUUCUGAAGAAAGCCUCAAAGUUCGGGCUUUCCGAGACCUCGUGGAGGUCUAAAUGCCCGUACCAGCUGCCGCCGCCGCUCGUUCCGGCGAGGGGUUUGGAGGAGGCGCGGUGGGGAGAGGAGGAUAGGAUAAGGUACGUGCGGCGGAGGUUGAGGAGGGAGAGGCUGGGGAUUAAGGUGAACCCUUUGAUAGGGAUUGUUGUGCCUAAUCUUCUGUUGCUCGCUACUUUGCUCUGGGAUCCAAUGGCGUCCGAUGAAUCUGAGAUAACCGGCUUUCAAUAUGAAGAGAAAUUCAUAUUGAAUUCAAGAGGAACCAAGCUUUUUACCUGCAGCUGGUUGCCUGUAAGCUCGCAGCCCAAAGGACUAAUCUUCCUGUGCCAUGGAUAUUCCAUGGAAUGCAGUGUUACUAUGAGAGGCCAUGGGAAGUCGGAUGGGCUUCAGUGUUACUUCCCCAGCUUUGAUGAUCUUGUUAAUGACUUUUGUUAUCACUUCAGCAGCGUUUGUGAAAAAAAGCCCGAUUAUUGGGAUAUGGCUCUGCUGGUAGCACCUAUGUGCAAGAUUUCUGAUGAGAUGAAGCCACAUCCAUUGGUGAUCAAAUUCGGUCUCAGGAUCAGUAGUCUGAUCCCAAAAUGGAAAAUUUUGCCUAUUCCAGAUAUUAUUGACAAGGCCUUCAGGGUUCCAGAGAUAAGAGAUGAGGAGAGGGAUGAUCUAAAUCCAUUACAAAACUCCUUCAAUUUGAAAGUGAGUUUGGAUUUAGAGAGGCGGCUUGAGGAGGUAUCUCUACCGUUCAUUGUUCUUCACGGUGGUCAAGACAAAGCCACAGAUCCAUCUGUAAGUCAACUCUUGUAUCAAACGGCUGUCAGUUUAGAUAAGACCUUCAAGCUCUACCCGACCAUGUGGCACUCUCAUUCUACCCGAUCCAUCUGUUUAAGGACAUUAUCGAUUGGU